AUGACCAGCCUCAGCGCCACAGACAAAGCCAUUGUCAAGGAUUUCUGGGAAAAGGUGGCCCCGAAGAUCGAGGACAUCGGCACGGCCGCCCUGUCCAGGCUGCUGAUUGUGUACCCCCAGACCAAGACCUACUUCGCCCACUGGAAGGACUUGAACCCCGGCUCCGACCCCAUCAGGAGGCACGGCACGAACAUCAUGAAAGGCGUUGGCAAUGCUGUUGGCAUGCUCGCCGACCUGAAGGGAGGUCUUCUUCCCCUCAGCGAGUUGCAUGCUUUCACCCUAAGAGUGGAUCCUGCCAACUUCAAGAUUUUCACCCACUGCAUUCUUGUGGUUUUGGCCAUCACUUUCCCCACUGAGUUCACCCCCGAGGUGCACGUGGCCAUUGACAAGUUCCUGGCCGCUGUGUCUCUGGCGCUGGCUGAGAAAUACAGAUAA